UACGGUAACGUUAAUGGUUUGUUCCGGCCUGACCGGGAAAACAUGCGCGGAAAAUAAACUGCAAACGGUGGUUUGCAGCGCUGUCACGCAAAUGCGGAAACUUACACAGACAGCCCACAAUUAUGCACGCAGAAUAAUAAUCGUCGUCAUUUGGAAUAUAAUUGUAAAUGCGCGUAUAGAGAUGACGGGCCUGCCGGCGGCCGGUCGCAGAAGCGUGACCGGGUCCGGUUGCGGUCCUGCGGCUCCAUCAGCGCCCCACCACGUGACAUAUGUUUACAUCCUCUCAGCUGUUUCUCCUGCGCCGACCCGAAAAGACGCCAGCAUGUCCUGCGCUUUCUAAAUAUCUCGAUAUCAUACUCAGAAAAAGAAAAGGAGCGAUCAUAGAAAGACCCUGAUAUUAUUCACCGUUUUCGCUGCGAUCUCGCUCCUUUCGGCUGCGGUGACAUAUGCGGCGUGACUGGUUCCUUUGAUGACCGUGGCGCCGGUGAUCUGACGUCGAGAGCCCGAGGAGCGCCGCCCGGUGUCCAUGUGGUGAGGUGGGGGCGGCAAGAGGGGCGGCCCGAGUGCGCGUGCACCAAAGAUCUCCAGCAGCCAUGGGGGGCGCCGUGAGCGCUGGUGAGGACAACGACGACCUGAUUGACAAUCUGAAGGAGGCUCAGUACAUCCGCACAGAGCGGGUGGAGCAGGCUUUCCGGGCCAUCGACCGCGGGGACUACUACUUGGAGGGUUACAGGGACAAUGCCUACAAGGACCUGGCGUGGAAGCAUGGUAACAUCCACCUUUCGGCGCCGUGCAUCUACUCCGAGGUGAUGGAGGCGCUGAAGCUCCACCAGGGCCUCUCUUUCCUCAACUUGGGAAGUGGGACCGGCUACUUGAGCACCAUGGUGGGCCUGAUUAUAGGUCCGUUUGGGGUGAACCACGGGGUGGAACUCCACACAGAUGUGGUGGAAUAUGCCAGAGAGAAGCUGGACGACUUCAUUAAGAACAGCGACAGUUUUGAUAAGUUUGAGUUUUGUGAACCCAAGUUUGUGGUGGGGAACUGCUUAGAGAUCUCGUCAGAUAGCCACCAGUACGAUCGCAUUUACUGCGGAGCUGGGGUUCAAAAGGACCAUGAGAACUACAUGAAGAUAUUGCUGAAGGUGGGGGGCAUCCUCGUCAUGCCUAUUGAGGACCAGCUGACCCAGAUCACGAGGACCGGCCAGAGCACGUGGGAGAGUAAGAACAUCCUGGCGGUGUCCUUCGCACCCCUGGUGCAGCAGAGCCGCGGCGAUGGGAGCAAGCCCGACGCCGUCAAGCUGCCUCCCAUCAGCGUGAGGAGCCUCCAGGACCUCUCCCGCAUCUACAUCCGCCGCGCGCUCCGCAGCCUGACCGACGACGAGAUGCAGUCCCGCAACACGCCACAGAGGGCGCCGCAGAAGCGCAAACGCCGGCGCUGCCGCCGCCGCCGCAUCAACACCUACGUCUUCGUCGGCAACCAGCUCAUGCCGCAGCCGGCCGAGAGCGAGGAGGACGAGCGGAUCGAGGAGGACGGCAAGGAGGAGGAAGAGAAGGACAGUAGUGAGGUCAUGAAGCUGGAGGAACCGCAGCAGAACCUCCUGAGGAGCAAAAUCCUGAUGUUGCCUUUACCGGAAGCUCUGAAGGCGUAUCUGCUGUACUACAGAGAGAAAUAACAGGCAGCCAGUGAGAGGCUGUAACACACCUGCUUUUUUUCUCUCUCUCUCUCUCCCCCCCCUUCCCCCCCCCUUACCGCUUUCUCGAGAUGUAGCAUGGUCGUGGGUCUUUUCGGAGGUGGACCCCGCGCCGGUACCACGCGACGUAUCUGCGGCCAUGUGAUCUCUACCUUUGACGUCUCUUUGCUGUCGAACGUGAACGUAGCGGGGUGGGGAUGAUGUAAUCUCUUUCCAAAAAGGGGAGGGGGGGGGUGUUUCACCUGCACGUUGUGUGCGUCGUGUUUGUGUCCAAGAAAAGGAAGAAAACAAAGUGUGUGUGUGGGGGGGGGGGAGGCGAAUCCUGAAUCUUGAAAUGAAAUACCGAACACAAAUGUACCUUGAUUGUGUUAAAAAAAGAGAAAAACAACAAAAAAAAUCUUCAAUUUGUAUACAUUUUACAUUCUGUAAACCAUUCCUCCAAUUCUUUUGAGGAAUCACAAAGGAAAAAAUUAAUACAUACUGUAUUUUGCCAUUUAUAUUAGUUUCUAAAAUCCUCUUAUUUUCUAUUAGAGGUUUUUAAGGCCUUGUAUAAAAAAAUUAUAAUAAUCUUUAGACCAUGGGCUUUAUUUUGUUUUUUUUCCAGAUGCACUUUUAUUCCGUGUAAUUCUUGUGAGAUCAGAUAUCGUCUGCAGAGAGUUGAGAUGAAUCGAUUUUCAGAGUAAUAACCUGGAGUUGGUGGGUAGUGUGGUGACCGUGUGAAUUUCGGGCUGAAUGGGGCCUCCGCGCUGAAAGGCUGUGCUGGUCGCGGUUUCGGGAGGGGGGGGGCAGCGCUGGGUUCGCGUCCUCGUGUAUCUGUGUCGUGUUUAGCGGAGUGGCGGCGAGGACACCUGGCGGUGUGGGCUGUGGCGAAUACUGCGGAAGCCAGAUGCUAAUGCUACCGCUAAUGGGGUGGGGUGGGGGUCAUAUCACAUGGCGAUGGAAUGUCGCUUGUUCACAACCAGCAUUAUCUUUUGCUCUGGGGGGGGGGGUGUCCCAGCAAACGGAACGAGCCUGAACACGCAGUCGGUGUCUGUAGCACUGUUGUGGAUUUAGCAGUCGAUCACGCCCCCUUUUUCCUGUAGCUGCCUAAUCAGGAGCCAUCAUGCGCUGCCUUGCCCUGCUGAGGAUUAUGGGAAAUGUGACAAGUACCCUCUCUCGGCUGCCCAGGAAGACCUCCUUUGACGUAUUAAAGUCAUGCGCUAGCAUGGGCGUCUAACGCCUGGACUUAAAACGGAGGUUAGUCGUAAAGGUCAAUUCACCGUGUUUUUCCUUUUCUUUUGAACUGCUGUGGCAAAGAAACGCAAACUUCAUAAGAACUAAGCUGCUUUUCAGAGUGGGCUCAGGCUCUCAAAGCCCCACCCCUAGCUGCUUUUUUUUUCUCCCACUUCAGACACUUGGUUCAGGUGAUUAGCCGUCUACAAAAAAAAUUUCGGGGCUGAUGAGCAGUUUCUGUGGGCGAGGAGGUGAACUUUUGCAGAUGAGAAUCGGCUGCCCUUUCCAAAAAAUAAAGGGAACACAGCUGGCCGUCGUUCAAGCACGAAGGAGGUGAUUUAAAUGAUGACAAAGAGGGUGUUACACAUUCCCGUCUGUGAGGUCAUUCUUGUUCGUUUUUUUUUUUUCCUCAUUUUAAUUUCAUUCUUUUAAUUAGCUAAGAUUCAUGCAAGCAUCCAGUGGAUCUCUCACUCAGCACGUCAAAACGUAGCCAUCGCAUCGCUAAUAGUUUGACACAUAGUCCCGAUGCAACACUAAAUGUUUUUUUUUUUCCUUUUUUAAGUUUGGAGGUAAACACUGGAUGCGUGUCAUUACCUAGUUACUUAUAAGAAGUCGUGUCACUCUGGCAAUAUCUGAGGACCCUUUUGAGAUUUAUACUCUGAAAUGUAUACACUCCCCCCUGUUUUGCAUGGUUCGGGGGGGGGUUUCCAAAUGAUCAGGAAGAGAUUUGAGGUGCAGCUGUGUAAAAAAUUAUUAAAAGUUAUGUAUACACGACAAGAAGUGUGUUAAAUUCUUCAAGAUUGGUCUUCUCAGUCUCCAUGGUUUUUGUUUGAUUCAUUCAAAAAGCAAACACUUGUUUGGGUACAAACAGCCAAGAACUGAUGCACAAAGUAACUUGUGAGGCAUGGAUUGAGGCUUUUUGAGGUAAUUUUGAAAACUGAUACGUAAUUGCUGGGAAAUUUAAAUGACUACUGGUAAGAUUAUACCGGUGUGAUUUGGCUGUCGUGUUGGGUUUUUCAAAACAUUUUUCUUUAUGGUAUAAUUAGUAUUGAUAUGAAAUUUGUUUUGAUGUGUAAUAUUGCUUGUAGACAGUUGAUGUAAUCAGUUCAUUUGGUAUUAUGGUCUGGCCACAAUAUUUUUAAUAGACAUAAAUUUUCUUAAUUUUCCUCUUGAUUUUUUUUUCCCAGAUUUGAACUGUGUAAAAUGAUCUAAAUGAAGUUGCUUUGUAAAAAUGGUCUGGCAUCUGCCUGCCUGAACUUGCAGUAUUCUGACAGGAUAUUUCUAACUGGCUUUUCAAUGGGAUGGUGCAGAAUUGGGUGAAAGUCUAUAGCUGUCACACAUCUUGCUUUCUGAAGAUAAUCAGGGUAGCCAGCGAUGGUGGUUGUGUUGUCUUUUCUCUUGAAUACCACAGAUGAGAAUUUUCUUUUUUUUUUCUCUUUUGAUUCUCUGCUUUAGAUUUAAUGCUUGUUUCACCCUAAGUUGGUUGAGAAUUUGGUUGUUCUGGUUUGUCCCUGUACUGUAGUUCUGUGUAGACCACCGGCGUAGUGAAUAUGUAACCUUGAACUUUGUCAGUUAAUAAACUUUGUCAAAAAAAAAACGGUUCA